CAUGAGUUUUGUCAGGUUGGCAUGAUGAUAUAAAUAAAAUACAACACGGUGUAUUCUAUAUUAACGUCCUUUUGACAGGGAAUGUUCUAGAACAUGUGAGAGAACAGUAUUGUUGGUCACCAUGGUGCCGUUAGAACACGACACAUUCAGUACGGAUCUCCAUUCCUACACACGGGGUCAUCACAACGUACCAACAUGCGGUCCGCUGCUUGUGUCUGGUUACUCUGUGUAACCCUCUUAAACAUGCAAGGAUGUGCAGAAAAUCAGUUCGCGCCUUCUUAUGCUCGUGGAAACACGGGACUUACCGAGUGGUUCAAGUCUGCGUUAUACCACCCAACAUCACAACAUCAACCCGCCGACGACAACGGCAACUUCCCGCAGGGCGAAACAGACGUCACUGACGACGACCUGUACGACUUGUAUGACACGUACGACUACGAAUUGAAUGGUGAACUAAGCCCUGAAGAUCUGAUCAGGCAAAUCCAGGAGGAAAUGGAAUGGGCCAAUGGCGAUCCAAGGCACUUGGCACAAAUUCGCCACGCGAUCGUGAGAGCUCGAGAAGCUCUCAAACGCCGCGCUCAGGCCGAAAAGAAUCUUGCCACAGCAGCUCCAAACGAAAUGGGGAAAGUUUCAGAGGAAACCGGAGAUCUCUCCAAAGAGCAGCUGCAAGCCUCUGUGAGCGAGCAACGCGACCACGACGUUCGUAAACCGUCGGUUGCCUUCGGAAGCCGUCGGGAAGACUCGGAAAGUCCGAACGUGCCCGACGAUGUUCAACGUCAGUCCGGAGGCGUCAUAGUGGCUCCACAGUUAUGGGAAAGCGCAAAAACUGAGAGAAACAACCAAGGCGCCACGUUUGAUCAGGCCAGGGACUACGAGUAUUAUGACGGGAUGGAUAAUGAUGAGAUCGUCCAGGCGAAGCUGAUGAUGCGUCUGAUGCAGAACCCGAUCUGGGCGGAGUGGACCAGAUGGAGCCGAUGCCAGGGGCAGUGCGGGACCGGCUACAGGACCAGGACACGUGCCUGCAGGGUGCGGGGGCUGUGUGAGGAGCAGACUGUGGCGGAGGCCUGUCCUCUUAAGAACGAGUGCGAGAAUGCAAGAGGCUAUGUUGCAGGGAUCAUAGUUGUCUCGGUGCUGACCGCCCUUCUUGUGGCGAUGUUGGCCGUCUUACUCCUGAUGCCCAAGAUUCAGAAGUACAGGUUCUCACGCUUGGAGAGGAAGAGGGAUGCUAAUCUGAAGAAGAGGAGCUCCAUGCCUGACCGCCCCCCUCCCAUAGCUCCACGCCCGGACUCUACCCUGCCGGAGAGGUCGCUGCCCAACCUGCCGUCUGCAGAGCACGUCUAUCUGACUCUCAGUGAGGUCAAGGUUGGCGGGAAAACGUACCUCGCCCCUGCUGGUACGAGUGCCGAGGACAUUGUGCACCUGACUCCCUCACAAAUCAACAAACCCAACAUGGAUGCGAACCCGAAAUCGGAAGAGAAUCCAGAAAAUGAGGAACAGGUAGAGGAGGGAAGCAAGGAUGAGGAGAACGCUUAUCUGGAGCUUUCUGGAGCUAACUGAAAACAGCGCCCUCUAGCAGUUUUACUCUGAAGUGCCACCCACAGCAGUCCAGUUAAUACAUAAAUCAUGUGCUGAUUAGUACAUUAUUGUCACACUGUCUUCCAAAUGGUUUGAAGUGAAAAUCUUGUAAACUGAUCUUGCUUUUUGGCUUACUUCAUCUGAACACAGAGUACCUGACUGCCA